AUUAGUUGCUUUUAUUGAAGAGUUUGAAUAUGAAAUCCUACAUAUCAAGCUGUGCAGAUUCUGGUUCUGGCUCAGAAACAGUUUCCAAAUGUGAGCCUGGAACCGAGAAGGUCGAGAGAGUAACCAGGAGGAGAAUGGCGGCCAACUCACGUGAGAGAAAGAGGAUGCAGGGUCUGAACACCGCCUUCGACCGGCUACGCAAGGUGGUGCCUCAGUGGGGGCAGGACAAGAAGCUAUCCAAGUACGAGACCCUGCAGAUGGCCCUCAGCUACAUCAUGGCCCUGAACAGCAUCCUAACGGAUGCAGAGCGCUGCGGGAGCAGCUCACAGAGGGAAUGGCUUAAUCAGCAGAUUGAGCAUUUCCAGCAGGAGAACUACUCCUAUCUACAGAAUGGAUCCGCUGCUGAGCUUGAGGAAUACACAGAGAGGUUCUUCUCCUACCAGCCAGAGAGAUUCCAAAUAGGCAACUAGAUGACUGGAGGAAAAUAUGUUAUAGAAAAUAUUGACUAAAAGAAACUGUAGACUUGCUACAUUGAGUGACACUUAAUCAGCGAGAUACAGUACAGUAUCUGAAUUGUGACUAUUCUUGCUUGUGUGCCCUGUAGAAUAAACGUGUGGUUUAAAUAGCAUAAGAUCCUUUAUCCAUAGAGCAGUAGUGCCCAACUGGCUUUUGAGAUCCAUUCCAUUCUGGGUUUCCAUUCCAUUCAGGUUCCUUAGCAGGUUCAAGAACUAAUUUAGGAUCUGCUUGGAAUAAAGACCUGUAUCUCCAGGGCCAGAGUUCUGCACCACUGACAUAGAGAGUUUUGUCAUCAAUUAUAUCAAGGCAUAAGAUGCCCAGUUGGGCACUUUUCAGUGCUGAUGUAGAAUAACAAAGGGCUGGAACUUAAUAGUGAAGGGCAACAAGAUUAAUGGACAACCACCACCAGUCAUAAAGGGCCCUGUCGAUGAUGCAUAUUGAAAUAACUGCUUACUACACUGUAGGCAUUUGCUUCAGAGGAAGACUCCAAGAUCGACAAUAUUAAAAACAAAAGGCAUUUUCACAGGGACACAAAAUACCCUUUCUAAACGGUGAGUUCUUUAUUUUUUCUACAGCAGCAUUGUAAAGUGACCAUGGGAUUUUCAAACAACACUGUACAUUAAUAAUGAGUAUUAAUAUAGUGUUCACCUAUGUAUCUUUUUGUACAUUUUCUGAUUCAUAUUUCUUUAAGAAUGUAUUUGUAGUUCUAUUUACAAAUGUGUUGUGAUAAAACAGCAAAAAGAUGACCCUUUUCUUUUGGUAGUAGAUAACUAUAUACAACUAUAUUUUUGUUCUGCAUAUUGUUGAUAUUAAACUGAUAUUAAUGUAAAUAUGUAACAGAAACCACCGGAUAUUUUGAUGUAUAUAUAUUGACAUUUGUAAAAAUUAACAUUCAUUUAGUGAAUAUAAUUAGAAAUUAAAUACAUUUCUAGAAAACGAAUGCAAAUAUAUUUGUGAAAAUAAGUUAAUAUAAUAAUAUUCCUAGUUGCACCGAAAAAUAAACAAGCAAACAAAAAACUUAGUAAGAUAUUUAGACAAAAAGUCAAUGUAUGCUAUGAUAAAGAUAUUGACAAAGACUUCUUGUAUGAAUGUGUUUUUCUGAAUGUAUUACUACUGUAAAAUAAAUAAAUAAAUAAAAAUAAAAAGUGGUACUACAAUAUAUUGUAUGAAUAAGUGUAAUUGAUAAUCUUGCUAUUGGAAAUCCAGCUAUGGAUUAAAAUGUGUAUUUAUUCAAGAUUUGACUUUUACCAAAACACGUUCCCCUAUUUAUCAAAACUGUUUACAUCAGGGUGCAAUACAGUAUGUACCAUAUUGUUGUGACAGGGAAAUGAUAAAUGGUAAUGUUUGUCUUCAGCAUUGGAGAAUUCACAGCUGAAGAACUGUAUUUAACAUUUUAUGCAUGUUUUUUUCUGAAAUGAUAAAUGUUACAAAAUGAGCAAUCAAAUUACAUUUCUGAGUGGAUUAAUUAUGUAGUAGUUUUUGUAAUAUUUAUUGAAUAUCUGUCCAUUAAAGGAGGGGAAAUUAUGCCAAGAUUUGUAUUUGACUGCCUUCGAAUAUUGUAAUUCAUUAUUUUAUACUGUAUUUGCAUAUGUUUAGAUUUAGAAUAAUUUUGUUUUACAAAGUUUGAACAUUGUUUAUUUAAUUAUUAUUCAUGAAAUAUGUUCAAAUAAUGUACUUAUUAUUUACAGUGCCUUGCGAAAGUAUUCGGCCCCCUUGAACUUUGCGACCUUUUGCCACAUUUCAGGCUUCAAACAUAAAGAUAUGAAACUGUAAUUUUUUGUGAAGAAUCAACAACAAGUGGGACACAAUCAUGAAGUGGUACGAAAUUUAUUGGAUAUUUCAAACUUUUUUAACAAAUAAAAAACUGAAAAAUUGGGCGUGCAAAAUUAUUCAGCCCCCUUAAGUUCAUACUUUGUAGCGCCACCUUUUGCUGCGAUUACAGCUGUAAGUCGCUUGGGGUAUGUCUCUAUCAGUUUUGCACAUCGAGAGACUGAAAUUUUUGCCCAUUCCUCCUUGCAAAACAGCUCGAGCUCAGUGAGGUUGGAUGGAGAGCAUUUGUGAACAGCAGUUUUCAGUUCUUUCCACAGAUUCUCGAUUGGAUUCAGGUCUGGACUUUGACUUGGCCAUUCUAACACCUGGAUAUGUUUAUUUGUGAACCAUU